CGAAUCGAGCUUUUUUGUGUCGAGUCGAGGGAAUUAAUCAAGCUAACUCAAUCCGUGUACAACUCUAGGGUUGUUGGGCCAUUUGUUUAAGCUUUAUAAUUUUUGCGGCGUCUGCCUACACCACUAGGCUAGUAUGGUCAAAAUCCCUGCCAAUAAUACGGAAGGGUUGCCGGGUGCAAUUUGUCCGUUGUCAACGCAUUGAAGUUUGUAACUCGGUUCAUAUUUUUAUGUGGGCAUUUUGUUCAUUUGAAGAUCCAAAUUCAAUCUCCUUUGUUCCCCGGUAAUUAUGAAUGAUAUGACAAAAAAACCAUGAAGCUUCUUCUUCCUUGCUGUUAGAUUUAAAAAAAAAAAACUUUUUUGAAGAAGUCAUAAAGGAAUAGAAAAAUGCUUAGGAAGCUCAAAAACUCCUUUGAGAUUGCUCAAUUUCAAAAACCUAUCUCUGGUAUUUCUUUGAAAUCCAGAAAUUUCCAUUCAGAUCCCUCACAAACCAACUUGUCUUCCCUUCGAAACUCCAUGCAACAAAUUCAUGCCCAAAUCCUCUUCAAUUCCGAAUUGCCAGACACCCAUCCUGCCAAUCUCAGGGCAACAUCGUACUUCAGAAGCGUCGAUCCCGAACUCGCUCUUCGAAUGUUUGAUCAAAUGCCCCAAAGAGAUUCAAUAUCUUGGACCCAAAUAAUAACGUUUUACUCACGAAGCAAACAAUCAGAAAAGGCCAUUUGGGCCUUCUACUCAAUGAUUCAGGAAGGACAAAAUCCCAAUCGAUCUUCCCUGAUCUCUACCCUGAAUUCAUGCGGCAAUUUAUCAAAAUUAAUCCAAGGAAAGCAGCUCCAUUCACAAAUUCUGAAAAGAAUUCCUUCAUCUGAUGUGAUUCUCGGCAAUGUGUUGAUUGACUUUUAUUCAAAAUGCGGGGAACUGAGCGACGCACAUCGAGCAUUUGAUGAAAUUAUUGAAAAGGACUUGGUAUCAUGGACUUCAAUGCUAUCCGGGUAUUCUCAGAAUGGAUUAAGCAGAGAAGCUUUGGACUUUUUCGUGCUUAUCCACAGUCUAGACAUGGGUUUUAGCCAUUACACCUUUUCGGUAACAGCCAAAGCUUGUAGAGAGUUCAAAGAAAGUAGAGUAGGGGAAGAACUUCAUAGCCUGGUAAUAAAAACUGGCUUUGAUUCUAAUGUCUUUGUUGCAAGUUCACUCUUGGAUAUGUACUCAAAACAUAGAAACAUUGCAUGUGCACGCAAGAUUUUUGAUUUGAUGGCCGAACCCAAUGUUGUUUCGUGGACUUCAAUAAUCACAGGUUAUGUCCAAAUCGGUGAAGGAGAAGAAGCAUUGGAAUUAUUUAGGCAUCAGAUUCGAGUAAAUGUCCAACCUGAUGCUUUUUCCUUGUCGAGCAUUCUGGCUGCGUGCUCGGAUAUCCCAACACUCGAAUUUGGGAAGCAAAUUCAUGCAAAUAUCGUUAAAUUGGGGUUUGAAUUUCAACUUUUUGCAGGUAAUUCUCUUGUGGGGAUGUACUCGAAAUGUGGGUGUCUAUCUGAUGCUCGUAGAAUGCACGAAUCAAUGCACAUACAUGACGUUGUUACAUGGACAUCAAUGAUUGCCGGCUACGCCCAACAUGGCCAUGGUGUUGAGGCUCUAGAGAUCUUCGACCAGAUGAGAGAAUCGAAUGUGAGACCAAACUCAAUCACAUUUGUCGCAGUCUUGUCAGCGUGUAGCCGGUCAGGUUUGGUUGACGAAGGAAUCAAGCAUUUCCGGUCGAUGGGUGUGGAUUAUGGGAUCGAGGCGGGCGAAGAGCAUUACACGUGCAUGGUUGAUAUCCUUGCGCGGGCGGGACGUGUGAAGGAAGCUGAGGAGUUCAUGAAGGAGAUGCCUUUUGAACCAAGUGCUAGCGCUUGGGGCGCAUUGUUGAGUGGCUGUAGGGCUAGUGGGGAGUUAGGAUUGGGGUUGAAGUGUGCAGAGCAGCUCUUUAGAUUGGAACCUGGGUCAGCUUCCAAUCAUAUUCUGUUGGCCAACAUGUAUGCUGCUGAGGGGAGGUGGGAAGAGAUGGGGAGAAUAAGAGGGCUGAUGAAAGAGAAAGGGCUGAAGAAGGAGAGUGGGUAUAGUUGGAUUGAGGUUGGAAAGGAGGUGAGUGUGUUUGGUGUAGGUGAUGGCUUGCACCCACAAAGUGAUUUGAUCUAUGCCAUGCUACAUCAUUUAUCAUUGGAAAUGGAAGAGAAAAGGUACUGAUUCACGCUGUGUUUUUCUUCAUUUUGGAAUGUAUGGAGAGGAGAAGAGAGAUGGAGCUUUACAACACUAGAAAGGAAGGAUUAUAGAGACUUGUGCCUAAGCAACCACAUAGUUUGCCGAGUCACAAGAUUUCGUAUAUGUGGAGCCCAUUCUUUAUUAUGCAGAUAUGUUGGAUCAGAUUGGCCCCGCCAUGGAUGGCGAUGCCCCAAACAUCUUCAAGACUGGAAGAUUCGAAUGCUUCUAUCAUUGGCUUACAAUAGAUGGUUACAGUGACAGUCCACAUUCAGCGGGAAAAACAAUGAAGCAUUUCAGAUGGAGAUGCACGUAGAAAGAAUGAUCAAACUGCUGCAAACAGAUUGAGGUGUCAGAUUCACUCCUUAGGGUCUGUACUGAAUGAACAUGUGGAGCAAUUAACUGUUGAAUUUAACCAUCAGGCAGGAAAAAGAAAAAGAAAAUAACUUGAAUGCAGCUCCGAAGACCUUGAAUUGCAUUUUUGUUCUUCAGUCCACAGAGAAACCUACGUGAAUCAUCAGAUGGGAGGAUUUACUUUCGCUAAGGAGAGCACCGAUUGCGGCAAAGUCCAUAUCCCAUCUCCACAAAUCAAGCCUGAAGCCACCGCAGGUGCAAAUGCAUCUGCCUGGACCUUGUUCAUCUUUUCCCACACAAAUAGUAUCAAGCUCCCAACGCACAUGUCGAUUGUAAAGUAAGACCCGAGAUAGAAUGGGAUUGCCAUUGCCAUUGGGAGAGGGAUAAACCUUGCCACUUUAUUUCCCACAGCAUCUCUCACCCCAUUGAUGAGAAUAGCACUCGCGAAGAACGCGUAGCAGAGGGUGAGGCAGUGCUUUGGAAGUGACCCAAAUCCAUCAACGCCAAGUAUUGCCAUGUUACGGUAGACAAGCGCAUUGGGAGCUGAGUACUCAGACCCAGGAAUGCCAAUGCUGUUGAAGGCUUUGUAAAAGAGCCAGAACACACAAGGCGCAAUGACACAGCCCAUCGCUGUCCCAAUCACUUGGCUCACGAACAUGGAUCGUGGGGAAGCUAGUGUUAAGUAGCCAGUCUUGAAGUCUUGCAUGAGGUCUGAGGCCGUCGAGACAAUGCUCAUCAUGACACCGCAUGCUGCAAGCCCUGCAAUCACACCACCAUUUGAAGCGCCGGCCCAUGCGCCAAUGGUAAAGAUGGCAAGCUUCCCGUAUGUGGAGGCGAGGGACCAAUCAGUGAGGCCGGCACCAUAGGCAUUACAGAAGGCUAGGACAGGUGCGAAGAUGUAAGCAACAAAGAUGUAGUACCAUUUCAGCUGAGAGAAUAUUUGAGGGAGGGUGCCGAUGGAGAUUGCUGCAACAGCAAGGUAACCCCCAACUGCCACCCAGAAUGGGAUUUGGUCUUUCAGAAAGAGUUCAGUCCGCCGCCGGUCAUCGUAGGAGAUGGACGUGGUGGUGAGAUCAGGGCGAUCAGCUACAGGGAUUAUUGUGGUGUCUCUCUUGCGGAGUUGCUGAAUGAUGGCAGAAAGGGUUCGGCUCAUCACCUUGAAGAAGUUGUAGAGGCCGUCGCCUAGGAUCAGGGCGAUGGCAAGGAAGACCUGUAAGUACAUUGUAACAGAAGAGUUGUGACAACAUCAGGAAGGGUUGAACGAUACCGCACUAUGGUGCGCCAUCUGCAGGUUCAUGGCUUUGGUUGAUUGCUAGCUGAAUUCAUCAGCCGGUUUUGGACGAGCAUGAUCUGACAGUCAUCAGAAAGAGCAGUGCAUCACCUGUUAAAGGUAGGAUCCACUUGGGACAUCCCAUAGUCCCCUCAGCAGGUGGCAGGCCUCACUCUCUGAUAUCAGACAAUUCUAGUGAUCAUAUUGUCCUACAAUUAUCAGGACAGUCGAGAGAAAAAUUGUUGUGCCUAGCCAUGAUCGGUGUGAUUUUGCCACCGUUGAUUUGCUGCCUACUCAUGAAAUGGCUAAAGAUCUUUCAGUGACUACCAUUUUCAGGCUAUGGCCCACCAGGCCAAUGGCCACCAUAUCAGGUAAAUGUGUAUGGUAGAGAUGGACAGCAUCGACCUGUGGUGUCAGGUGUGUUAUGGGGAAUGCAAGGGAGGUGAAAUGUUUACACGAAAACAAGCACUUCAGUCAGUCCAGAUUUGAAUUACCCUGUAGCCUUGAAGGCCAUUAAGAUUCUUGGGCGGGAGAUCUGCACGAUACCAAUCGCCCUUUUUAGCGUCUAUGAGCGGCCACAUUAUUCCCCAAGAUAGGAUGGAUCCCACAAGCAAUGAGAUGUUUACGAGAUAAGGGCAAAUCAUCCCAACGCCUACGUAAGUAGCCGAGAAAUCAAAGUAGAACCUGUGUGAUAGCAUGAAUUAUAAUCUCAAAUAAAUUAUGGUUAUGGUGCAUGCUGUGAAGCAUUCCAUUUUAAUGGAUGAUGAUGGAAUGUGGGGCCCACUUUUUUUCCCAUUUUCUUCAUCCUCACAUCCAUCAUCAAGCCAUCCUCAAUUAAACAGGUUGUUUGCUAUUUGUGUUUCACAUUGAAUGCCGAUUUAUACUUCUAUGGUGCAUGAAGAUGGUUUUACAAGUAGCAGAAAAGGGAAAAAGGGGAGUGACAUCUACGUGUUUUCAUAGGCUUUGAGACCAAAUGUAGGGAAGUUUUUGAAACCACAGGCCUCGGUUGCUGUGAAGAACCACUGAAAGAAACCCCACAGGAAGCUGAAAGUGAAGAACUUGCCUAAUGCUUUCACUUGUUUCCUGAAAGAA